AUGCAGGGUCCCCCGCUCCUGACCACUGCCCACCUUCUCUGCGUGUGCGCCGCCGCGGUGGCCGCGGCCCCCGGGUCCCAGUUUCUGGUGACAGCCCCAGGGAUCAUCAGACCCGGAGGAAAUGUGACCAUUGGGGUAGAUCUUCUGGAACACAGUCCCUCGCAGGUCACUGUGAAGGCGGAGCUGUUCAAGGUGGCAGCAAACCUCACUGUGUCUGUCCUGGAAGCAGAAGGAGUUUUUGAAAAAGGCUCUUUCAAGACACUUGUUCUUCCAUCACUACCUCUGAAGAGUGCAGAUGGGAUUUAUGAGCUACAUGUAACUGGACGUGCCCAGGAUAAGAUUUUAUUCUCUAAUAGUACGCGCUUAUCAUUUGAGACCAAGAGAAUGUCUGUCUUCAUUCAAACAGACAAGGCCCUGUACAAGCCAAAGCAAGAAGUGAAAUUUCGCAUUGUUACACUCUUCUCCGAUUUCAAGCCUUACAAAACCUCUUUACACAUUCUCAUUAAGGACCCCAAGUCAAAUUUGAUCCAACAGUGGUUGUCACAACAAAGUGAUCUUGGAGUCGUUUCCAAAACAUUUCAAUUAUCUUCCCAUCCCAUACUUGGUGACUGGUCCAUUCAAGUUCAAGUGAAUGACCAGACAUAUUAUCAGUCAUUUCAGGUAUCAGAAUAUGUAUUACCAAAAUUUGAAGUGGCUUUGCAGACACCAUUAUAUUGUUCUAUGAAUUCUAAGAAUUUAAAUGGUACCGUCACGGCAAAGUAUACAUAUGGGAAGCCAGUGAAAGGAGAUGUAACACUUACAUUUUUACCUUUAUCCUUUUGGGGAGUGAAGAAAAAUAUUACAAAAAAAUUUAAGAUAAAUGGAUCUGCGAACUUCUCUUUUAAUGAUGAAGAGAUGAAAAACGUAAUGGAUUUUUCCAAUGACCUUUCUGAACACAUGGAUAUGUCUUCCCCUGGGCCGGUAGAAAUUUUAGCCACAGUGACAGAAUCGCUUACAGGUAUCUCAAGAAAUGCAAGCUCCAAUGUGUUUUUCAAGCAACAUGAUUACAUCAUUGAAUUUUUUGAUUAUGCUACUGUAUUGAAGCCAUCUCUCAACUUCACAGCCACUGUGAAGGUUACCCGUUCUGACGGUAAUCCACUGACUCUUGAAGAAAGAAGAAAUAGUGUUGUCAUGACAGUGACACAGAGAAACCAUACCGAGCCCUGGAGCAGAUGGAACAGUAGAAAUCAGCAAAUGGGACCUGUCCAGGUCAUGAAUUACACUGUUCCCCCGAAUGGAAUCUUUAAGGUUGAAUUUCCAAUCCUGGAGGAUUCCACUGAGCUACAGUUGAAGGCCUAUUUUCUUGAUAGCACGAGUAGCAUGGCAGUGCAUGGUAUGUUUACUUCUCCCAGUAAGACAUACAUCCAGCUAAAAACGAGAGAUGAAAAUAUAAAGGUGGGAUCACCUUUCGAGUUGGUGGUUAGCGGCAACAAGCGGUUGAAGGAGUUAAGCUAUAUGGUAGUAUCCAGGGGACAGUUGGUGGCUGUGGGCAAACAAAAUUCAACAACCUUCUCUUUAACACCAGAAAAUUCUUGGGCUCCAAAAGCCUGUAUAAUUGUGUAUUAUGUUGAAGAUAAUGGGGAAAUUAUAAAUGAUGUUCUAAAAAUUCCUGUUCAGCUUGUUUUUGAAAAUAAGAUAAAGUUAUUUUGGAGUAAAGCUAAUGCUGAACCAUCUGAGAAAGUCUCUCUUAGGAUUUCGGUGACACAGCCCGACUCAAUAGUUGGGAUCGUAGCUGUUGACAAAAGUGUGAAUCUGAUGAAUGCCUCAAACGAUAUUACAAUGGAAAAUUUCCUUUGCUUGUAUGACAGUGUAGAAUAUGCUGAGAGGUUUGUGGAGAAAAAUGAAGGAUACACGGUAGACAUUCAUGACUUUUCUUCAGUUAGCAAUCCACGUGUGAGAAAGCAUUUUCCAGAGACUUGGAUUUGGCUAGACACCAAGAUGGGAUUGCUGCAAGCCUUCCAACCAUUUUUCAUUUUUCUGAAUCUUCCCUAUUCUGUUAUAAGAGGUGAAGAAUUUGCUUUGGAAAUAACCAUAUUCAAUUAUUUGAAAGAUGCCGCUGAGGUUAAAGUGAUCAUUGAGAAAAGUGACAAAUUUGAUAUUCUAAUGACUUCGAAUGAAAUAAAUGCCACGGGACACCAGCAAACCAUUCUGGUUCCCAGUGAGGAUGGGGCAACUGUUCUUUUCCCCAUCAAGCCAACACAUCUGGGAGAAAUCCCUAUCAUAGUCUCAGCUGUUUCACCCACUGCUUCUGAUGCUAUCACCCAGAGGAUUUUAGUAAAGGCUGAAGGAAUAGAAAAAUCGUAUUCACAAUCCAUCUUAUUAGACUUAACUGACAAGCUACAAAGUACCCUGAAAACUUUGAGUUUCUCAUUUCCUCCUGACACAGUGACUGGUAGUGAAAGAGUUCAGAUCACCGCAAUUGGAGAUGUUCUCGGUCCUUCCAUCAAUGGCUUAGCCUCAUUGAUUCGGAUGCCUUAUGGCUGUGGUGAACAGAACAUGAUAAAUUUUGCUCCAAAUAUUUACAUUUUGGAUUAUCUGACUAAAAAGAAACAACUGACAGAUAACUUAAAAGAAAAAGCCCUUUCAUUUAUGAGGCAAGGUUACCAGCGAGAACUUCUCUAUCAGAGGGAAGAUGGGUCUUUCAGUGCCUUUGGGAAUUAUGACCCUUCUGGGAGCACUUGGUUGUCAGCUUUUGUUUUAAGAUGUUUCCUUGAAGCUGAUCCUUACAUAGAUAUUGAUCAGAAUGUGUUACACAGAACAUAUACAUGGCUCAAAGGACGUCAGAAAUCCAAUGGUGAAUUUUGGGAGCCAGGAAGAGUGAUUCAUAGUGAGCUUCAAGGUGGCAAUAGAAGUCCAGUAACACUUACAGCUUAUAUUGUGACUUCUCUCCUGGGAUAUAGAAAAUAUCAGCCUAAUAUUGAUGUGCAAGAUUCUAUCAACUUUUUGGAAUCUGAAUUCAAUAGAGGAAUUUCAGACAAUUAUACUUUAGCUCUAAUAACUUAUGCAUUGUCUUCGGUGGGGAGUCCUAAAGCGAAGGAGGCUUUGAAUAUGCUGAUGUGGAGAGCAGAACAAGAAGGCCAAGGAGAUUCAAACAUGGGUCAGGGAGCGUUUUACUCUCAAGGAAGGUGGAUAAAUGAUACCAUUGUGGCCUUAAAGGCCCUGUCUGAAUUUGCAGCCCUAAUAAAUACAGAAAGGACAAAUAUCCAAGUGACUGUGACGGGGCCUAGCUCACCAAGUCCUGUAAAGUUUCUGAUUGACACACACAACCGCUUUCUCCUUCAGACAGCAGAGCUUGCUGUGGUACAGCCAACUGCAGUUAAUAUUUCCGCAGAUGGUUUUGGAUUUGUUAUUUGUCAGCUCAAUGUUAUUUAUAAUGUGAAAGAUUCUGGGUCUUCUAGAAGACGAAGAUCUAUCCCAAAUCAAGAAGCCUUUGAUUUAGAUGUUACUGUAAAAGAUAAUAAAGAUGAUAUCAAUCAUGUGAAUUUGAGUGUGUGCACAAGGUUUUUGGGCCCUGCUAGGAGUGGCAUGGCUCUUAUGGAAGUUAACCUACUCAGUGGCUUUACUGUGCCUUCAGACACAAUUCCUCUAAGCGAGACAGUGAAGAAAGUGGAACACGAUCAUGGAAAACUCAAUCUCUAUUUAGAUUCUGUAAAUGAAACCCAGUUUUGUGUUGAUAUUCCUGCUGUGAGAAACUUUAAAGUUUCAAAUACCCAAGAUGCUUCAGUGUCCAUAGUGGAUUACUAUGAGCCAAGGAGACAGGCGGUGAGAAGUUACAACUCUGAAGCGAAGCUGUCCUCUUGCGACCUUUGCAGAGACGUCCAGGGCUGCAGUCCUUGUGAGGAUGGAACUCCGGGCUCCCUUCAUCACUCUUCAGUCAUUUUUGUCAUCUGUUUCACGCUUCUGUGCUCUUUGCAACAUUGGCUGGGAUUUAUUUUUUAA